GCGAGCUCCGAUCCGCAGUUACGACUCGUCAGCCGAUCUGUCAAAAGAUUUUGUUCAUCCCCUUUAGAGAGAAAAAUAUUUUUCGUUUGAAAUUCGGGUAGAGGUAGUUCGUUUCCUCAUCGUUGCCCGGCUCCCCUCAACGAGUUGUUGAUCAGUGAAGAUUCAGAAAAUGGCGAUCGCGAUGACCGAGGAAAUGGGGGCUUCGCUGCAUCGCGGCCUGUCGGAGUGGUGGAGCGAGGAAACCGAGUACAUUUUCCAGAGGAUUGAGCGAUGGGCGGCCCUGGCGCGAGGCUACAAUCGCCUGCGUUCCCAGAGGCUGUCGCGGGGGCGUUUGACGAUGCAGGAAGAGCAGGAGCCUCGGUGGAGCAUCUCGUCGAACAAGAUAGUGAUCGAGGACCCGGACUGGUCGCCGCGUUUUCACAACCUCCGGAGAUCCCAUCGAAGGAAGUCCCGCACCGAUGAGAACUGCCGCAUCAAUUGUUGCGGCACUUUCAAUUACCAAUCGAGCUGCAACCUCGACAGCAACUGCCUCGAAAACUAUCGCUACGAUCACAGCAUUUAUUUCAAAACGAUCGGCGACAUCAAGAGUUCCAAGAGGGACGGAGCUUCGGUGAGCGACGAAGAGAACGAGGGAGCAUCCGGCGACGAGCGGGUCGAGUGGGAGGCCAAAAGUCCGAUCCAACUUUUCGAUGAAUUUUGCAACAACGAUGAGCCCGUGGAGGAUCCUGUUUACAAAGUCCCCGACGACGAUGCCGGCGUGCGUAUUCGCGUCAACGGUUUCUCCUUCGACGAGAGAUCGAGCUUCGACGAACCCCGAGAUCGAGCAAAACAGAGCGUUUGGCCCAUCGUCGAUCUCUCCAAACUCAGCCUCGACGUCGAUUCCCAAAACGAUAACUCCACCGACGAACCCACUCGCAUCGACAACUGUGACGACCUCAACAGUCGAAACAGCGACUACGAUAACAACAAUUCCGACGAGAGCAACCUCGACACGACAGAAAAAAUGAUCCAACUUCAACUCAGUCAAUUAACGACCAACCAAACGCGCUUAGACUCGAGCCUCCAAACUCUCGACAAUUCAAUUACCUCGCCCAAGAAUCAUUCGACUUUACCAAGGAUCACGAGCAUGAGGAGAUCCAGAAGAAGCUCGAGGAAAGUUCGACAACCGGCGGUCGUCGGUGACAACAACGUUCUGUGGCCGAGUGUUUUGCUCAAUUACACGAAAAACGCCGACAACUCGGCCGUCUCGCCGCACCACUAUCGUGCAUUUCAAGUCAAAUAAGCCACGACUUUCUUUCAUUUGGUUUUGAAACACUUCAACGACGAAGAUUCCUCAAUAUUCUUAAUAAUUGCGGGGCAUUUUUAUUUCGUGUAUUCUCCGAUUAAAAUGUUGAGAAAUUCCGAUAAGCGACUUGUCAAUGAAUCUUCACCACGGUCAUUGUACAAGGCACUGCAGUUUCGUUCGUCUUUGGUUUUCCAUUUUUUUUCUCAGCAUUCCGGUCGGCCAGAAAAAAUCUGGCUCAAUGAAUCCAACGUUGGCGAGCUUGUUUUUUUUCUCUGACAAAAAGGUCCCAAGGCACGAAUAUUAUCCUGGUGAUAAAAACGGUUAUCAGCUUAGCCGCACGUAGAAUCUGUGAUCGGCAUCCUUCAACGAUUUUUAAUGUUGUUUUAUUGGUGAUAAGAGUGAGCGUGUUAUGUAACGAGAUGAGUCAAUAAAAAUACUUGAAAAUUUGAAA